AUGUCUCUCAGAUUUCAAGACUUCGUCGUGCCCACGCCAUUCCUCCCUAAACGGAAAUUUGCACUGCGCACUUCAGGAAAUUUAAAUUCUAAGCAAGAGACAGGUGAUACAGAUGAUGGCAUAGAAGAGAUUGUAAGGGAAGAUCGUCUGCCCUUAUAUCCCAAUUUGGUCGGAAAUUCGCAGACAUUUGAAACAGAACAGCCAGAAAUGAGUUCGGGAGAUAUUCCUGUGGAUCCGUUCCCAUCGGUGCUGUUUUCCGACCCGCCCGCCGUCGAUGGCGCUCACGAUGCCCUUACAGGCUUUCCAAACGAUGUUAUACCCAAUGGGUUUACGGAUGGCUUGACUGCGGACGACGUGAUAAACAACAAUCCACAGGCAUUGACCACAUACUCGAAUGGACUACUCCAUGGCGUUGACCCGUUGUAUAGCAACAACAUCACCGAGAUACCCGCUAGAUUACAGACUGUUAACAAGGACGGCCGCUUGUCUCCUAUACAAGGAACCUCUGAGGAACGCACUUAUUUCAAGAGACCAAAGCCAAAGAGACUCACAAAUGGUACCAACAAGAGGCCUGCAUUUGUAACCAAGUUGUGGGAUAUGGUGAAUGACGAGAAGAACAAUGACUACAUUAGGUGGAUGCCCGAUGGGAAGAGUUUCCAGGUGCUGAGCAGAGAGACCUUUCUGAAGGAUGUCUUGCCGAAAUAUUUCAAGCACAAAAACUUUGCAAGUUUUGUGAGACAAUUGAACAUGUAUGGAUGGCACAAAGUACAGGAUGUGAGCAGUGGGUCGAUGAACAACGAGGAAUUAUGGCAAUUCGAGAACCCUUGUUUUCUGAGGGGAAGGGAGGAUUUGUUGGAUAGCAUUGUGAGGAAUCGGGCCAAACCUGAGGAGGAUGAAGAGCUCGAUAUUCAAGUGCUGCUCAGUGAAUUGGAGACAAUCAAGAGCAACCAGAGAUUAAUUGCGGACGACCUGCGCAGGGUAAAGCACGAUAACGAGACCCUCUGGAAAGAAAACUUCAUUGCCAGGGAAAGACAUAAGAAUCAGAGCGAGACGUUGGACAAGAUCUUGAUGUUUCUGGCAUCUGUUUAUGGAACUUCCAAGAACGAUAUUCAGAACAUCACGGGCUCCCAAGAACCAGUUGCUCAUGAGCAUAAGCCUGUCCCCGCCCAGUCUUUCAACAACAGACCGAUGUUAAUGAUUGCGCCAAACGCCCACAAAAGAACGCCUUCAGAGUCCAAUGCGCCAGCCGCAAGCGGAAUUUCGGAAAUUUCCAAGACUCCCAACUCUGUCGGCGAAAGCCCCAUCCAGGAGAUAUACAGAGGCCCAGAACUCAAGCAGGGAUUGCCAUAUGUGCCUGAUUCGAUAGACCCUGCCACCAAUCCUUACCGCAAUCUUUCGCUCCAAUCAGAUGCUGCUGCAGGUAGGGCUUUGUUUCCGGAAUUCGCUGAUAGCAUACAGUCUCCUGCGAAGAAUGUAACGGACCUGGAUAUUCCAUACAGUUCUCAAGGCGGUAGCAAGUAUCACCGCGAUAGCUUGCGUGGCUUGGAGAACACCAUAGCGAAGCAAGGUGAUUCCAUCAAGCAUGUUCAGGAUUGGAUCAGCAAAUUGCACCGCAAUUUCAACUCCGCUGACAGAGACUACAACGAGGCCUCGUCGAGGGUGUCCGAUUCUGCUUCCAGGCUGGAUGACAACUUCGAUGUGGACGAUUAUUUGAACUCAGGAACGCCAUUGGGAAUUGAAGAGAUCGAUAAUGAUUCUGACAGUGACGACGACAGCCCAGGUGCAGAGGCGGGUGCUUCUGCUCAAGAUCCACGCAUUGAUGAGAUUUUUGACGAUAAGUCUGUAUCUGCCGACUCAAAUACGUCUACCGACUGGAUGUCAGGAUCAAAGAGAGCAAACCCAGUCUCCAAGACUGGAACUCCUCCCAAGAGGCAACACAGAAAGACUCGCAGCUAG